ACUAGUAAUACAUUGUUUUAAUUAAAUACCCCUCCUCCCCUCGCCCUUUUUCUGUCUUGCUUCUUUAUUCUGUCGUUAUUUUCCCCUUCCCACUCAACUCGACCACACAUUCCCCCGCCAUGGCAACAACCCCGCAAGAGCUUGUCCCGCAGACGGAGAACAUCGCUGAGGUCUAUGCCACAGACGAUGCCUCAGUCACCUCCGUUGCUCCAGAGCACCAGGUCCGUUUCAACGGUCUGAUCUCCAAAUUCAAUCAACUGUAUAACCACCGCCCCGACUUUGUCUCCCGCAGUCCUGGCCGUGUCAACAUUAUCGGCGAGCACAUUGACUACAACCUGUACGAUGUCCUUCCGACGGCUGUCAGCGUCGACGUCAUCAUGGCCGUGAAGGUGGUGCCCUCCACCGGAGAGCCAUUUGUGAAGAUCGCCAACGUCCAGCCCGAGAAAUUCCCCUCUCGCGAAUUCACAGUCCCCCGCGACACGGAUAUUGAGAUUGAUCCGAAGCAGCACGAAUGGGUCAACUACUUCCGCGCGGGACUCCUGGGCGCCUUGAAGUUCUUGCGCAAAACCAAGCAAGAUGGCUCCUUUGUGCCCGCCAGCGUAGAAGUGCUCGUGGAUGGUAAUGUGCCCCCGGGCGGUGGAAUCUCCAGCAGCGCGGCGUUCGUGUGCUCGAGCGCGCUGGCUGUCAUGAAAGCGAACAACCACAACGUCUCCAAGCAAGACCUGCUUGACCUGGCCGUGGUCUCGGAGCGUGCCGUGGGCGUGUACUCUGGCGGCAUGGACCAAGCCGCCUCCAUCUUCUCCCGUCGCGGAUACCUGCUCUACACCCAAUUCUUCCCCAACUUCUCCGUCCAGCACGUCCCCAUCCCCAAAGCCACCGAAGAGAUCACCUUCCUCAUGGCCCAGAGCUUCGUCACCUCCAACAAAGCCGAGACCGCGCCCCGCCACUACAACUUGCGCGUCGCCGAAUGCACCCUCGCCGCCGUGGUCCUAGCCGCCCAGCACGGCCUGACCCUGCCCAAGGACAACAGUUCGCUGGGCUACAGUCUGCGGAACUUCCACGAAGAGCUCAUGCGCAAGGAAGGCCGCCUCGGCGACCCGCUCGAGUACCAGAUCGACUCCGUCAUCCAGACCACCAUGGAGCUGCUCGGCCAGGAACAAGGCUACACGCGCGAGGAGAUCGCCCAGCUGCUCGGCAUCACGGUCGCAGACCUCGAAGCCAAAUACCUCUCUUCCUUCCCCGUGCAGGCCGAGCGCUUCCUCCUGCGCCAGCGCGCCCUCCACUGCUACACCGAGGCCCGUCGCGUGCUCGACUUCAAGGCCUGCCUCGCCAAGGCAGCGACCCUCGACGACAGGCGCAUCCAGUACCUCGGACAGCUGCUGAACGAGUCCCAGGCCUCCUGCCGCACCCAGUAUGAGUGCAGCGCGCCCGAGGUCGACGAUAUCUGUGCGAUUGCCCGGCGCGCGGGUACCUGGGGUAGCCGUCUGACCGGUGCGGGAUGGGGUGGCUGCACUGUGCAUAUGCUGCCGCAGUCUAAGGUGGAUGCUGUGAUCAAGGCGCUCAAGGAGGAGUACUACCUGAAGAAGUUCCCGGAUAUCACCGACGAGAAGCUGGCCCAGGCGAUGGUUAUUAGCAAGCCUUCCAACGGCUCCUUUGUGGUUACGGGAGAGGCCAUUGCUCAAGUCAAUGUCUAAAACUAACUUAAGGGAAAAUAAAUUUUUAAAAAAAAAGAAAGAAAAAGGAACGGGAUGGAUGAAUUGAAUUUGGAAUUAAAUAUUGUAUAUAGUCUCCAAUCCGUUACUGAAAUUGUAUUGGCGCUAGCGUCAGAUAUGCAGACAUGACCAGCAGGCUUGAGGCCAUGUAGACUGUUACCCUGAGAAGCCUGACUUUCCCCUUGUCGUGAGAGGUUUUCUCUUCUUGCUAUUAUUUGACCUUCGAGAUACUCACAGUGUAUUGCGCCGACUGGCUCGACUUCUUACUGAGCCUUCUGGUCCCAUGACUCUGCUUGUAUUCCAUCUAGUACGGGACCUGAGAACGAGCAGAAUGGUCUCCGUUCCACCGACGGCAGCUGGGUAAUCAUUGAUCCCAGACUGAACGGCGAAGGUAGCGUGCGACUGCCAACAUGAAGUCUGAUUCCGUGUCGAAUAAGGUUUCAUGCACACGACUCAAGAUUUCUUCUUGGCGGCCGCCUUGGAAAAGAAGUCGCUCAUCUUCUUCAUUCCCGUGGUGUUCACCUUCUUCAAGUCCCGGACUCCCCGAGAUUCUCCCGCCUUCUUUUUC